AUGGAGAAAGGCAGACUGUGCAGCAACUUGAAGCACCAUAGCAUUAGCAGAAGCAUGAAAGAAGUGAAUGACAAGAUAACAUAUUCAUGGGAUUUUGCCAGUGAUGACUGCAAUAAAGGAGGAGAUUUACAGGGUCAAUUUUCAGGACCACCAAGAUUUUAUACUUGCAGCUUUUGCAAGAGAGAACUUAGAUCUGCUCAAGCUCUUGGUGGUCAUAUGAAUGUUCAUAGGAGAGAUAGAGCCAGAUUAAGAGUGUCUCCACCAAGGGAUAAUGCUCAGUAUUCAUUUCUAAACCUUAAUCUUGAACGAAACCGUAAUCAAAAUUUGAACCCUAAUCCUUAUGAAAAUAUGAACCCCAACCCUAGCAUUUCAACCUCAUUUACAUUGGCGAAAUUCCCACCUUUUAAUUCCAAAUUACCUCAAAUAUUUCCUCCCUUUCUGCCUUCAUGUUUUUAUGCUACUUCCACAGAAAAGAGACGGGGUAAAGAUUCCGUUCCAGUAAAUCAUUCGAGGCCAUUAAUAAAAAAUUUGGGAAAGUGUGAUGGUUGUAUUGUGUUUUGA